GUUAACCUACAACAGAUAUGUUUAUAGUUGUUUCAGGUUAAUUGUAUAUAGACUUAUUUUUAUAUAAUCUUAAGUGAAAAUAUGUUGUGUUCGAGGCUUUUAUUGCAUUGCGCAAGGACAACGCGUUUGAGCAGUUUGCAGAGCAUAAAAUCAAUACAUUCAAUCAUCAAAUCGAACAACAAUGUUUCGAUCAACUAUCAGACAAGUUUGGCUGUGCAAUCGGUGAGGUUGUAUGCGAAAGGAAAGGACAAAAAGAAAGAUAAAGGUAAAGGAAAAGUGCAAGUGAACGAAAGUCAACUGGGUGAACUCUUCAAUGUGGAAACGCUGAAGAAUCAAAUGGAAAGGAUCGUUGAUUCAAUGAAGGAAGACUUUACAAAGCAUUUAUCGUUGAGAUCAACUGCAGGCUCGAUCGAAUCAAUUCUAGUCAACGUCGAUGGACAGGAGCACACGCUGCAGGAAUUGGCGCAAAUCGUGCGAAAGAACCCGAAGACUAUAGUGGUGAACAUGUCGAUAUUUCCUCAAGCUAUUCCUGCUGCUCUAAAAGCCAUACAGAAAUCAGGAAUGAAUCUUAACCCGCAACAGGAAGGAACUACACUAUACAUACCAGUCCCAAAAGUGACUAAAGAGCAUCGCGAGAAUUUAGCGAAGAACGCCAAAACUAUAUUCAACAAAUGCAGGGAUAACAUCAAGGAUGUUCAGAAUAAACAGAACAAGAGUUUGAAGAGAAAGGAAGGAGUUUCGGUGGAUUUAGCGAGGAAUGCGGAGCAACAGGUAACAGUGAUUGCAGACACGUACAUUGCUCAAGCAGAAAAGAUACUGGAAAGUAAACAGAACGAACUAAUUGGAAAAGAUUAAGUUUUU